GUGUGUGUGUGUGUAGAUUUGGAAGUGUGUCCUCUGGGUCAGUUUCCAUGUGGGAAUCUGUCAGUGUGUUUAGCGCAACCGAAACACUGCAACGGCCAACAGGACUGUCCAAAUGGAGCUGACGAGGAGAACUGUGUGGAUAACAGCGGUUGGCCGCACCUGUUUGAUGCCUUCAUCAAGACCAGAGCGCAGGAACCGAAAGAGUGCAUGCUGGACGUGUACCCUGAUGUGUGUUAUUGUGAAGGUUGGAAGGUGAACUGCAACAAUAAAAACCUACACCACGUUCCACCGGUGUCUUCUAACGUCACUGCACUAGAGCUGAACAGUAACGGCCUGGUAUCUCUCCAUCCUGAUCUGUUCGUCCGCUACAGACACCUGGAGAGACUGCAUUUGGAGAAUAACAGUAUUGAGACGAUCUCUAAGAGAGCUUUCUCCGGCCUCUUCUCCCUGCGAAAGCUAUUUCUGAGUCAGAACAGGAUCUCAUCUCUGAAAGCAGGACUCUUCACUGACCUUGGCAGUCUUGAGUGGCUGAUUCUGGACGAAAACAGAAUCACUUCUUUACGUCAGAAGUCUUUUGAAGGCCUCAAGUCUUUAUUCUUCCUAUCUUUGCUGAAUAACUCUGUGGAACAGCUACCCAAAAUAUCUCUCUGCCUCGAGAUGCCUCGCCUGAACUGGCUAGAGCUGGAAGGUAACAGAAUUUCAUCUUUGUGGUCGUCCAGUUUUAAGAACUGCACAUCUCUGACAGUCCUGGCGUUAAGGAGAAACCACAUCAGUGCUAUAGAAGAUGGAACGUUCUCCAGCAUGCAUCAACUUAUAGACCUCGAUCUGUCCGUCAAUCAGAUUUUGGAUCUUCCUCCGUCUCUGUUUCACAGUCUUCAGAAUGUCAGACAGCUAAACAUCUCCAACAAUCCCCUGACGCACGUGUAUGAAGAUCAGUUUGACAGUUUCAUCAAUCUUCAAUCGCUGAGUAUGGAGGAAGUUGAGAUUCCCAACAUCAGCAUCCGAAUGUUCCGCUUUCUCAGCAACCUCUCCCACAUCUAUUUUAAACGUUUCGAGUACUGCACCUAUUCUCCGAACGUGCGGAGCUGCAAGCCGAACACGGACGGCAUCUCGUCCUUCGAGAACCUGCUGGCCAACAUCAUCCUGCGUGUGUUUGUUUGGGUCGUGGCCUUCGCUAUCUGUUUCGGGAACGUGUUCGUAAUCUGUCUACGCUCCUGCGUUGGUUCGGAGAACGAGCAUCAUACCAUGGCCAUCAAAUCGCUCUGCUGUGCGGACUGUCUGAUGGGCGUGUACCUUUUUUUCAUCGGCGCUUUCGAUGUGAAAUACUGCGGGGAGUAUAAUCGCCACGCCCAUGUCUGGAUGGAGAGUCUGUCCUGUCAGCUGAUUGGCUCCCUGGCGCUGCUCUCCACGGAGGUGUCGGUGAUGAUGCUGACGUACAUGACGCUGGAGAAGUACGUGUGCAUCGUUUUCCCCUUCCAUCAUUACCGUGCCGGACGCAAACGCACGCUCUGCUCACUCACGUGCAUCUGGGUUCUUGGCUUCGUCCUGGCGCUCACCCCGUUCUGUGACAGGCACACCUUCGGGAACUUCUACGGCCGCAAUGGCGUGUGUUUCCCGCUGCACUCGGACCAGGCGGAGAAGCCGGGGGCACGCUGCUACUCCACCGGCAUCUUCCUGGGUCUGAACCUGUUUGCGUUCAUCCUGAUCGUUUUCUCCUACUCCAGCAUGUUCUACUCCAUCCAGAAGACGGCCAAGUCCGCCAGACAGACGACCUUUGACGUUGAAGUCUCCGUCGCUAAGCGUUUCUUCUUCAUCGUCUUCACCGACGCCAUGUGCUGGAUCCCCAUCUUCCUGCUCAAGAUCCUGUCUCUUCUGCAAGUGCAGAUCACCGGAACGCUCAUCCUGUGGGUGGUGAUCUUCAUUCUGCCCAUCAACAGCGCUCUGAACCCGAUCCUCUACACCAUCACUACCAACGUCUUCCAGGAGCGCCUCCGAGUGUGUGUGCGCUUCCACUGCAUGGACAACCACUGACUACACACACACACACACACACACACACACAGAGUCUCUGAGCAGCUACAGUGCAGGUGUACAGUCAUAUUAAAGUCACAGUGUGACAACGAGAGGGAACAGAACAUGAUUUACUCACUGCUUGUGCGUGUGUGUGCGUGUGUGUGCGCCAUAGCACGUGGAUAAGAACCUGGAUGUGUGUGUCGGUGUAUGUUUCUGUGUUUUUUGUCAGUAUGUGUCUCAGAACACACAGGGUCCUGCCUCAGUUCCGAUGCGACCUAGUUCCUGAAUAUUGCCGAGGCAUCUGGACUUGGGUCUGCAUCCACUUUUGCGGCCAUCUCUUAAGAACUGUAGCUUCUGCUGCUGGAUGUCAGUUUGUGGCCUCCCCUUGCGUUUAACUCCCCUGCUGCUCGACUCCCCUUGCGCCUUCCUGGGCUCAGUCGAGGAAGGUGAUGGAGUUUCCUCGACAGCUGUCGGAGAAGCUCCUUCAUCUGAAGAGUCACGGGGGAGGCAGUACGUGACGAGCUAGCUGCUGCUAGUGUCGGGUCUGUGAAGUGACUGUGAUGAAAGGUCCUGGUCCUCCGUCUCAUCCUGCUCCCUGAGUGACGCACCCAAGCUGGGAGAUGAAACAGAAAUGGUACGGUGAACAUCUUUUUUGUAUUAGUCAUGGAAAAACACCUUCACAUUGCAUAACCACUUUAAUAAUGUAUCGUACAGUUGCAUUUUGUAACUCAUACAAGUGCGGUGUAAAAUUCAGGGCUGCACCUCAUCAGUACACAAUCUGCAAUCUGUUUCGUAGACUGUAGAACUUCCGGUGGUUCCAGAUGGACGGUGAACAAUGUAGGCUUUGAUGAAAUCUGUAACCCGGAGGAGACACCUGCGCCUAGGUGUCAAGUGUUUGCUGCAACUUCCACUAGAUCAUUUAUGGGUUCUGUCCACCUCUUCUCUUUCUCAGACCGGUUGUGGAACAUCUCGUGUGAGACAUCAUACAGGCAUUUGUGCUCCUGCCAAAGUUCAAUGAAACUUUGCUCCAUGACUUGUGUCCACACUUUUCUUGUUGCCAUCUUCUUUCUUGCGGUGUCGUCCUCUUCAAAUGUUAAAAAGUUGUACAUCAUCUCCGCUUUAUGCUUCUGCCAUAGGUUUCGUGGGUUAUCUUUCCGGUGACCUCACCCCAUGCCUUGCUCUCUCACUGGCUGUAGCUCGUUGCCGCAAUCACUUCCAGUGACAACGCUUCUAACACCACAGGACGUGGAGUCGCCCGCCAGCUCCUGAUAUUUCACAUGCCACAUAUCUGUCUGGCGUCGGCGAUGUGUCGGCGAGCCUCUUUUGAUGCGUCGUCGAGUAGUUCGGUGUCACUUGGUUGAUCCGUUCAUGCAUUGUACAUACUCCACCAGGGGCCAGAAGGGGGAGGGCUGCUCCUUCCAGGCCUCCCGGGCCAAGUCCAACAGUCCUCGAGGGCACCAUCUGAAGAGGAGCUUGAACGGGGUGAAACCUUUGUAUGUUCGGGGGGGUUUCCCGGACUGCGAAGAGCACAUAGUGCAGGAGAAGGUCCCAGUGUCUACCAUCCUCAUCCACCACCAACUGCAGCAUCCCUUGGUCUGUCAAGCAUGAUGUCCUUCUGCACUCUCCUGGCCAGGAGAUUAAUAUUGUUUAGAUGGAAGGAUCCUGCUCCACCAGUGUAUGGUCAUUGGGUCAGGGAAGUCACGUCUCAUCUUAAGUUGGAAAAGAUUAGGUACACUGUCAGGGGGGCUACUGGGAAAUUUUACAGAAUCUGGCAGCCUUUUCUCUUCUUUGUCAGAGACGUGGAUGCUGACAGUAUUGUUAUGUGAUCAUUGUCAUAACUUUGUUUCUUUUGCUCUCUUCUAUGGUGGUCUGGCUUUAUAAUAUGUAAUAUGUAUGUUCUGUGUCUGGCACUAGGGGGGUAGGGGGGUUGUUCUGUCUAUUUGGUUGGUGUUGUAUGUUUAAUUUGAAAGAUGUUAAUAAAGAAACCUUGAUCAAAAAAAAGAUGGGAUCCCCACACGGCUGAACAGAACCAUGAGCUUCUUCACAGUGUUGCGGGAGGUGGCUUUUCGCAUAGGCACCGAUUCGGGGUACUUGGUGACAUAGUCCAUGAGGACCAGAAUGGAUUCUUGCCACUUGGCGGACUUUGGCAGUGGCCCUACGAGGUCCAUGCCAAUCCUUUCUAAGGAUACGCCAAUGAUGGGGAGAGGAAUGAGGGGGACGGGUGCUGGAUUCUGGGGUUUGGUUCGCAGACACUGGGGGCACCUUCUGCAGAAGGCCUGGUCCUCUGCAUUCAUGCCGGGCCACGGGAACGGUCCCUCAGCUUCUCCAAGGGUUUCCGGGCCCCCAGCGGGUGUGAGUGGGCCAUGUGCAUUAAGAGCUGGGUUCUGGAAUGAGGAGGUCACAGGACUGUACCCGGUGGUCGGUCAGGAAGUAGAGUAGCCCCCCUUUACCAGGAAUUAGGUGCCAUUUAGGUGCUGCUCAGAGCUCUGGCUGACCCCCUCUAUCUGACACACUUGGCCCCAACAGUGUUUUAAGCGGUCAUUCUCCUUCCUUUGUGUCUCACCUCUCUGUGCUGCCUCGGCCCUUUUAUAUCUUCCCGACGUCUACUGGAUGGUGAGUAGCUGCCGCUCCACUCAUUGGCCGCCAGCUGUGUGUGUAUCUGCCGCCCCGCCUUGCAGCCAUGUGCUUCCGAGCUGUCCAGAACACUCGAGGUCCCGAAGCGGAGCGGUCCGUCCAGCACCCGAGCCGCAGUCGUGCUAGGAGUGCGUCGUUCUGUGCGUGUGCAGGCUGCAUGCUCUCCAUCCCAACUACGGACCAUGGCUGCAGAGCCGAAUUACACCGAUUCCCUCUACUGCUCGACAUUCAGAAAAGAUCCAUCAGAUAUCGGCAGUGUACAUGCAGUGCUGUCUGACCCUAAAUCCACACUACACUGAUUACCUGAGCACAGAGACCGAACACCAGCACAGACCCACGCUGACAAAGUACAGACUCCCCCCCCACUUGUCUUCUGUUUAUUUAUUUAUUUUUUAUUAACAUCUUUAAGAUUGUAUUGACGCUUGUUCUCUAUUCUCUCAUCUCCAUGUUUCACUAAUAUAAUAUUUUUAUUCAGAUUAUUAUAACAUGUUAAUACGAACUCUACACUUACUAAUAACAGUUCUACAUUCCUGUAAUGUACAUGCCAAUAAAGCUUCUUCAAUUGAAUUGAAGUGUGUGUGUGUGCGUGUUUACAGAUUCGGGAUCUUUUCUUGGUUCUAUCCUAAACCGAUUUGUGUGUGUUAAAUCUGUGCUUAAUGCCCUCCGAAGGUCAGGUGUGGGAUGAAAGUGAUUCGAUGCUUCCCAUCUGCACACACUCCAUCCUGAACCGGUGUGCACCUCACACAUUUCAGCAGCUCAGAACUUCAAUAAACACUCCACAUAA